AGACGGUUUUUCGCAAAUUACACCACUGCUCGGCGUGCUAGCAUAUUUGAGUUUGUUUCCCCCUGUGUGUGAAAUUCAUUUAAAUAUCUAGCGACAUUUAUUCGAAAGUGAGCACGUCAAUUAAGAAAGCUUGAUGAAUUUAUUUCGUUUGAUGUGUGCCAGUUGGGUGCUAAUCGUGUACAUUGCAAUAGGUGUCAAUUGUCGAUGGCCGCCAACCGAGAUCUCGAAUCGAGAAAACGACGAGGUUGAAAGUGGCAAAUCAGUGGUCGAUGCCAAACGACGUAGGAGCUCGGAACUUCAAUUGGAAAAAUCAAUAGUGAGUCAUGACCAAGGCGAGACACGAAAGCAACGGACACAAAAAGGACGAAAACGACAACGACAACGGCGUCCACAUAAAACCCAACGAAAGAAGAAACGGCAACUUGACAACCGAAUACGAGCUCACCAUUUCGAUGCAUUCGAAGCAGAUUAUGUAGAUUUUGGGGCGCUCAUUGGACAAAACGGUGCAUUUUCCUGGCAUGCAAAUUACUCACCCGACUGAGAGAGCAACAAAAAGAAGAGCCAAAUAGUCGCCUCGGCCACACUGCUGUUGCCUCCGCUUCCGAUGGCUCGUGUGCGCGCUAUCUCAUACUCAUUACAAUAUAUUUACUACACUGUAUUUACUGUUCACCCUUCAGUUAAUUACAUGUCGUUUCGUUUCGUUUCUAUUGCUGCAC